AUGGCCUCUGAAUCGUCCCAAAACCCACAGACCACCUCUCCGCCUCGCUCACGCUCGCCCACUCCGGCGCCAAACGAGACUUUGACUUUGCGCGCUCUGGUCAGCACCAAGGACGCUGGUGUUAUCAUUGGAAAAGCUGGAAAAAAUGUCGCCGAUCUGCGAGAACAGACUGGUGUCAAGGCCGGCGUUAGCAAGGUUAUCGCUGGUGUACAUGAGCGGGUCCUCACUGUCACAGGCAGCGUCGAGGCUGUCGCCAAGGCCUACAACUUGAUCAUCUCCCAACUCGUUUCCUCCAACCCCGCCGCGCCCCCAGCUUCCUCAUCCAAUGUCCAUACCUCGAUCCGACUCCUGAUUUCCCAUAAUCUCAUGGGAACUAUCAUUGGCCGAAACGGCCUCAAAAUCAAAGCGAUUCAAGACAACUCGGGCGCUCGAAUGGUCGCUUCCAAAGAAAUGCUGCCGCAGUCGACAGAGAGGGUGGUUGAAGUUCAGGGUUCGCCCGAGGCGAUCGGACGUGCUGUUGAAGAAAUUGGCAAAUGUCUCUUGGAAGAUUGGGAACGAGGGUUGGGCACUGUGCUUUUCCACCCUGGUCCUCACGAUGACCGCAGCAGGAGCAACCGUGGAGGCCAAUAUUCAGGCUCAUAUCCUACAGGCGGUGGAAGCCGUCGCCCGAAUGGCGAUUCUGCCAAUCGCGCCAGGGCGCCUUCACCUGGAUCACCCCAAUCUCCUUCGUCUUCUAACCCUCCCGCCACCAAUCUUCGCACUCAAAACAUCUCCAUACCGUCCGAUAUGGUUGGCUGUAUCAUCGGUCGAAGUGGAACCAAAAUUACCGAAAUCCGACGAUUGUCUGGAUCCAAGAUCUCUAUCGCCAAAGCCCCGCAUGACGAUACCGGCGAACGGAUGUUCACCAUUGUCGGCACUCCCGAGGCCAAUGAAAAAGCUCUCUUCUUGCUGUACAACCAGCUUGAGAGCGAGAAGGAGAGGAGGGUAGGCAGGGAAGCUCAACAGCAAGCCGAGCUCCAGCAGCAAGAGUAA